GUGUUCUGAUAACAACAGAGCCAGCAAGAAAAAAAACGCAAAACGUCAACUAAAACCAUAUGUAAAAAUAGCCGCGUAAUACGAUCGUACAAUACGCACCGCGAUCGUCCUAAUUGUUCCCCAUCGCCCGCCCUCCCACCAAUCCUUGUUAUUAUCUAUCGCCUAAUGGCAUAUCCGAAAUUGUCCAUGUGUGUGUGUAAGUGUGCAAGAAACAGUUUAAUGUGUUGAUGGCGUAUGAUAGAAUGUCCAACGCCGAAACCCCGUUUCCGCCCAACGAUGGGGAGAGAUGGUGAUUCUGGCUUAUGGGGACGGCGUGGAGGUGAAAACGUGUGCACUUUGUGACAGUGACAGUGUAGAAAUGUGAUGUGUAGAAGCGCAUCAGAAAAAAACUCAAUCGAACCACAACCAGAUGAAUGAUUGAUCGAGAAAAGCGGCCUGUGACAUUGACGCAUGGACCCAUACAAACCCAAACGGGCGGGGGGAAAGAGAGUGUAGCAAACGUGGCAGAUAAGGUUUGCGAAUUAAACAAAAAGUGUGGAGUUUGUGAGGAUGUAAACCACACUGACAACAACAAAAAAGAGUGUUCGUGUGUGUGUAUGUGUGUGGGUUUGAUUGUCCAGUUAAAUGUGAUUUGCAAACGAGAUGGCGCCACGUGCAGUCACGUGGCUACAACACGCCACGAACCCUGCUGCUACUGUGUACUGCCGGGAAGUGAAGGAUUACUACCGCAGGGCAGGAUUUACAGGACUUACCCAGUGCACAAACAGACACACCGCUCCGUGAUGACCGUGCGGUCGUUACCGUGGACAGACUCAGUCAGUCUCAGUGAAAGAACAGCAAGCGACAAACCCUGCACUCUUCUCCAAAAAGACUCCAACUACACCGCCAGAGGGAGGGAACACUUUCCUUCCAGCAAUUGUUGCCGGGGAGGAGAGCGGACUUGGCACACCACAACAGACGCGCGGGCAUGUUUAUUGGGUUCAAUAAAUUUCAAUUUAAAGCAAAACAACGCGCUUGAUUGUUGACCGACGCGUCGUCGCAAACGAUCCUCUGGCAGGCAGCAGUAGCAACCGCGCACUAAUUCCCGCCUCUCCGCUCACGGCUGCUAAUAGUAGUAGCAGCAGUGAGUGCCGCUGGGACACACCAUCGCUGACAGUGCUGCCUCACUUGUGGCGAGGCAGACAAAUUAGCAACUCCAGCAAACGAAACGGGUGUUGCGGGGUGGAAGGGCCAACACGACCGCCCUUCGCGUGUCGCCUCGCCUCUGGACUAGUUGGUGACCGAUGGUUGUCGUCGGCUCGGGCGCGCUCGAAACGAGCCCCGGGGGCCCAUUGUGUGCUGCGUUCUGGACGAGAUAACAUGCCCGAAAAUAUCGUCGACGUCGUCGUCGUCGUUGCCGCCGUUGCCUGCUGCUAUCGUUUGUCAGUUUAGGGUUUAGGACAAACCGUACCGUACCGUCGCCGUGACGAGACACGCGGGUGUCUGAGUGCUGAGUGAAAUACCGAAAUUGUGCCGCUCCGGUGACGAACAAAAAAGAUAAACUCAAGUGAACGACUGUUUGCGGUCAAAAACAAUUCAACAAUUCGGAACUCGGCUACCUUGUAGGAAGAGUUGCCACUGGCUCCUUAACUCCGGUGAAGAGUUUAGGGGAGUGAGAGCCUGCCCUCAGCCGGUUGAGGAGCUCUUGUUUUGAUCGCACAUUUCGUGUCUCGUGUCUCAUUCUGUUAUUGCCGUGGCCGUCAACGGCCCCACCAACGACUGUGAUUAUGGAUAGUGACAGCCCGGUGCAGGAGUACUACAUCAACGACUGAGCCUGGCCACCGCCCUGGGUGCGUGGCGGCAGCCGGUGUGGAAACUGCAGACACACACCUUCCUCUCUCGACCCCUCACCAACCUAGUGUGUAGUUUAGUUUUUAAGUGAAACGGACUUUUACAUCCUGUCCAAAGAAAAAAAAAACACUGCACUUCCGGAAGCAGUGCACGAGUGCUUCCCCUCCGCCUAGUAGACGAGCGUGAGUCUGCUUCUGGCGCAAAAAAAAAAAAACUCUGAGGCGAAGGGCCCUUUGCCCUGGUGGCCGGGUGAGUGGCGCACCGUCCUGCGCUCUUAUCGCGCUCCUUUGCGCGCAAAACAUCCCAAAUUACACCCGUGAGUGUGUGUGUGUGUGUGUGUGUGGUGUGCGUUAAGAAGCAAAAUACGCUUGGCUCGGACCGCGCGUAAACCCGCGCAACCGAUUUGCGCUAAUCUUCGCGCACGCGUCCCUGUUUUGGCGCAGAUUUCUCUCACAUCAAGCCCCAAGGUACCUGUGUUGGUGAGCCGCACCGUUUACAGCGAUUAUCGGGUCCGUUACAGGAGGAAGAGAGCAAAAAACAUUUAAAAAAAAAUACCCCACCAGCCGUGCCUGUUUGUGUGUGUGUGUGUUUGUGCGUGAAAAAGAGAUCGCGCGUGUGUGUGUACAACAGGCGUGUUAAUUUCGAUCGCGUUCGACCGCUUUUUUUCUUUCGACAAACGCGCAUAACGCGGGGUGAGGACUCACGAUCACGACGACUCUUCGACGAGUGUGUCUUUCAUUCGUGUUUGUCGCUUCACAGCGGGCAGUAGCAGCAGCAGCAGCAGCAGCAAGUUUUUCAACCCGAUUAGCGCGCGCGCUCUCGAGAUACCCCUCAGCGCCAUCACCUCCCCUUCGUCGCAACAACUAGCAGAGGGUCUCUGGUGGCCACCACACCUCGUUCGAACCGAGUCUUCAGUCGUUCAGUUACGAAACAAACGCUGUGCAGGCCGCAGGCUUUUCACGACCGUUCCCUCUCUCUUGCCGUGCUCUCGUCGUUGCGUGCUGGUGCCGGUGUGUGCGCGUCUUGUGUGUCGAAUGUUUGCCCUCGACGGUGGUCGCAAGCGGGUUAAGGAAAAGCAGUGUACUGCGACAGGAUCCGCCAAGGUGCUCCCGGGUCGGUGAAAGGUGCAUUGUGUGUGUGUGUGCGUGUGCGUGUGUGUCACGUAGUGAAAGUUUUGUGAGAAGAAAACAAAAAUCGUGCGCGUGUGUGUCGGUUGGGCGUGUUAGGGCGUUUCGGUGACACGUGGCAUUAUUAGUGCGUGUGCGUAACGCUAACGGCGGCUACGAAAAUUGCGCCCGCAGUAACGCUUGGAAAGUGGAGCCCAACGGACGGGCGGCUAGUAACGCUUUAGUGACGGCCAGUUCCUGUUAGAGCCCCUUAGAAGAAAAAAAAACCUCACAAAAACUCUCCCUGCGUCUGUGCCUUAUGGAGCAGGAUAUCAUUAAGCGCCCGUGCAGUAUCGUACCAUCGUACAUGGUCAACAAGAUGCGGAUAGACAUUGAGAAUCCGCUGCUCCAGAGUCACCGCCAGCGCGAAACCACCGGCAUCAAGAAGCUGUACAAUUCGUUCUUCGUUAUGUUCUAACUGACUCGCCGCCGCCGAAGGAAAACCUGCACGACGCGCCCCUGGGUUCGCGCGUGUUGGGUGUGUGUGUGUGUGUCGGGUGUGUGCGUGUGUGUGUGUGUCGUCAGAUCGGAAAAAGCGUGUGCGUGCGUGCGUGUUUUUUUUUGUGCAGUGCAUCCGCUUGCCGUUGCCUCGCCGGUUCCGGGCCCAUCAUUACCUUCCCUUUUGGCCGCGCCAAUGAAGCGCCGCAGUGCACACACAGGCAAACACAAGGCGCUGCCGUUAGAGAAAUAGAGGAAAGAGAGGAGAAAGUACCAGUUAGAAUUUACCAACCCGUCGCGCUAAACGGCAUGAUAAAGAAACAAUCGUAGUGCGGGCAAUUUCUGCGUAAUUCGGCCUUGUUUUUUGUUGCUGUUCGGCUUUAGUGUGUAAAACUGUAUUUUUCUUUAAGUCUACACCACCCACACCAUCUCACUUGCAAAAGCACCGACCAAAACGGUCGAAUGUUCGAGCAACCGUGUGUCCCGCUAUACUGCCGUGUGACAUUGUCUGCCCCAUAGUGCGUGUGCGUUACGCCCGGUUACGUUGCGUUACUCGGUCGCCGACCGAGUUUAGUGCCUAGCAGAACGCAACCUUGCUGCGUGUGCUGAUGAUGUAGGUGCCAUUGCCAUUGGUUGUGCCAAUUUUGCUACAUACGAGCCGCCCUCCCUCGCGAUACUAAUCUCGGGGUCUGCACGCCUGCUGGAACCGAAACUGCUGCCUGUUGCAACAUCCUUUGCGGGUCGCGUUCGUUUUCAAAAGCCACCGGAGAAGAGACUUGCGCGUAGAAUUACGCGAAUGGCGACGGUCAUCUCACUGUUGGCUAACCACUGCAACAGUCCCUUCGAGCAGCAUCACCAGCAGCAGCAGCCGCUACUCCAGUGUCCAGUGUACGAGCCGGGACCGGUAACGCUUCAGCAGCGAUACAGCGGUACCGGCGGCGGUGGUGGUCGUAACCGAUCCGAACCGGCGGCGACGUAUCAGCAGCAGCAGCUGGACGCGUUAGAUUUUCAUCUGUUCAGCCGAACGCUCGAGCAAGAGUUCGAACAAAUGGAAUACUCCGGAAGUCCCGGUCCUUACCAACAGUACCAGCAGCACGAUCAGCAGCAACAGCAAGCAUCAGCAAGACGUCAAGGGCAGCAAGAUUUCGAGCAGAUCUCCCCCGGCUACAACCUGGAUAGCGAAGACACGUACAGCGGUUCGCCGAACAACUUCCAGGACUACCAGAACAACUUUGUCGAUUCGCCGCCCGAUUCGAAGGAACCGUGGCCGAUCGACUACAACAAGAUGCACACCGUGAUCGCGUCGAGCAGCGGUGCCAACGAUACGACGAACGCAUCGCCGACCGUCACGUCGGUCGCGGUUGCUACGGUGGCCGGUCCCACGAUUGCUGCCGUAACCUCUCUCCAUCAUCAGCAACAGCAGCAGCAGCAGCAGCCGCAGCAGGAUAAUGGUGGAAUAUUCUUAAACAACGCCAUACUUCCCAGUCGAAAGCGACGGGUGGAAUGGAUGUCACCACAGGAGGAGGACACCGACGGCACCGAGACAAAGAUUGCCAACAUCGAUAAGGAGCGUGACGCACGUCGCAAGGGAAGUAUGCGUUGGGCCGAUGAUCUUGAUUUGGACCUCAGCAAUGAGCUCUCCAGCAACGGAUACAUCAGUGAUUCACUGUUGAAUUUCCCUGUGUUCAAGCAAGAACUUCCAUCUCCUCCUCAGAAGCAUUCUCAUCAUCAGCAACACUCUCAACAACAACAACAACAACAGCAACAACAACAUCAACUCCAUCAACAACAGCAGCAAAGUUUGCACCAGCAGGCAGCUGCAGCAGCAGCAGCAGCAGCAGCGGCGACGGCAGGCAGCUCACAAGAUCAUUCGCAACCAUCCCAACACACCACCCCGUCCGGGUUGCAACCAUCGCUGAGUGGAAAUGUUCCCAACUCUCACCAACAGCAGCAACAACAACAGGUUGCCCAACAACAAUAUCACCAGCAACAGCAGGGUCAAAACUCGAUGAACGGUCCCGGUUUGAUGAACAAUGCGACUCAUCAGCAAGCGGUAGGAGCGAUCGGUGCCGGGCUGAGCAAUCUGCAAAGCUUUCUGCAGAGCAACCGGCUGGACACUGAUCCAAGUGGAGGCAUUUUGCAGAUGCAGCAGGAUGGCACGCUGACAGCGGCACGUGGUGACAAAACACAUGACGAUCAUAAUCGGUUCCAGUACGUGCUGGCGGCCGCAACCUCGAUCGCGACGAAGAACAAUGAAGAAUCUCUCACCUACCUUAACCAGGGCCAGAGCUACGAGAUCAAGCUGAAGAAGCUUGGCGAUCUGUCCCCGUUCCGGGGGAAGAUUCUGAAGAGUAUUAUCAAGAUAUGCUUCCACGAGCGCCGGCUGCAGUACAUGGAGCGGGAGCAGAUGCAGCUCUGGCAGGCGUCCCGGCCCGGCGAGCGCAUCCUGGACGUGGACAUCCCGCUGUCGUACGGGUUGAUGCAGGUGCAGCCGACCAGCAGCAACCUGCUCAACACGAUCGAGGUGUUCUGGGACCCGAUGAAGGAGGUCGGUGUGUACGUGAAGGUGAACUGCAUUUCCACCGAAUUCACGCCCAAAAAGCAUGGCGGCGAGAAGGGUGUACCGUUCCGGAUUCAGGUAGAAACGUACAUCGACACCAACGGUGGGCUGCACAAUGGUGGUGGCGGCGGCGGUGCUAAUGCGACGGCGGUCGGCGCAGUGGACGAUAAGGACGGCAUACGACCGCUCCAUGCGGCUGCUUGCCAGAUAAAGGUGUUUAAAUUGAAGGGAGCCGACCGGAAGCACAAACAGGAUCGGGAGAAAAUACUCAAGCGUCCGGUGGCGGAGCAGGAGAAGUACCAGCGCAGCUGCGACUGCACGAUACUGACCGACAUUACGACCGAUUCCGUCAUCCAGCCGCUCGGUGGCAGCUUUAGCCCCGAACACAUUAAACGUAACGUGUCGCCGCUGCUGACCGGUGGGCCCACCUCACCCGGGCAGCUGAACAAGUUCGAAAACAUCAUGUCGAGCGUGCUGGGCGGUGGCGGUGUUGCGCCGAACGGGCUUAGCCCGGGGGUGAAACCGACCCCGACGACGACCGCAGCGACGGCGGCGAUGGUUGUAGCGGCGGCCGCCGCCGCCGUUGCCGGCGUACAGGCCAACCAUCCGAUCGGCAUCAGCAACGUGAGCUCCACGAACGGGCUGUGCAAAGCGUCCCCGCUCGGUGGCGAGCAGCCGAUCGGCGGUGUACUGUCGCCCCAGCAACCGAGCGAGCUGGAUGAUUACGUGCCGACCAUUACGAAGGAAACGAGCCCGGGUUCGCUGGCGCAGUGGCUGGCCGUGCACCGGCUGUCCGCGUACACGAAAACGUUCGCCCAAUUUUCCGGCUCGGAUCUAUUAAGAAUGUCCAAGGAAGAUCUUUGCAAAAUUUGUGGCCUUGCGGAUGGGAUUCGAAUGUUCAACAUUCUCCAUUCAAAAGCCAUCACGCCACGCCUGACGAUCUACGUGAGUUUCGAAGCAAACAUCUACCACGCGAUCUAUCUGCACUCCAACACGAUCCCGGAGCUGGUGCAGAAUCUGUCGAAAAUUCCCGGCUUCCUGGAGGCGAUCAACGCACUCAACACGCCCAACUCGUCCGACGGGGGGCUCUGGAAUGGUGGGAGCACUUUCGGGGCGGCGGGCCGUUCGUCGCUUAACGCCGGUGGCGUCGUUGCCGCUUCCAGCAGUGGUGGAGCUGGCGGCAAUGGUGGUGGUGGUCUUGGUGGUAAAUUUUCCACCCCCGGUGCCAUAUCACUGUCCGUGCCGUCCCCUUCGUCUCCGCCGAUCUCGUCCUCGUGCGGCAUUGCCAAGCUGCAGCUGCUGAUUAAUGGCCCGAACGGCAUCCAGGUGCUGCUGACCGAGGAUGUGCUGAACAACGUGAAGGACGAGACACUGUUCCAGCUGGAGCUGAAAUCGAACGGAAAUAUACUGAUGAAAGCGGUCCACAGUGUUACGGCGGCCGGUGGCCCAGACUGCUCGAUCGACGACGAUGCGAACUGAAUGCGGUUGGGAUGGGGCAUUUUUGUUGCAUCAAAGGGUGACACGAUGCGGGACGUGCGAUUGAGGGGUUGUGGUACCUCACUUUUUUAUGUUGUUGUUACGUACAAUAGUUUUAUACUUUAUGCUUUUGCUGUACUUUUUUUAUCACACAAACGAUGUUUUCGGUUACGGAGUCGGGUUUAGGUACGGCAGCGCUAGUGAUAGUGUGCUUGUGUGUGUGUGCGUGUAUGUGUGUAUGGUGUGUUGUAAGGUGUAUUCGCCUUUUUGCCCGUCAAAUAACAUCUGGAGCAAGUAAAAAACAACAGGAACGGAUCCGUCGAAGGAGAAUGAUAUUGGCACAAUGUGAUUUGGGAUAGGAUGAUGGGCAGAACCGGAAGGAUAGGGAUGCAAUGUUGGGAUGUGCAGGGGGAGUUAUUUGAAGGAAGGACAAACAAGCAUGUCCUUAUUCCCCUGCCUUUCACACUCACCGCCUCCGCGCUUCCGACAGACACCACUCUCAGGGUUUUGUUCUGUAUACAUGGUUGCUUCACAAGGGCGCGAUGAUUCAGUAACAACGGAGUGGCUGUGGAGAGGUAAAAUGGAAGAAAGAUCUUACGACUGGUUCGUAUACUCAAAGCAUUUAGCACAGCUGUGUGGGAAUGGAAUCGAGAGAAAAAGAGAGAAAUGUCGAAAGAGAGAGAGAGAGAGAAAAUACACCUGUGGCCACGGUAAAGUGCAAUGAACAGUAAAGUGAUUGACUUUUUUGUCAUUGUUGUUUUUUGUUUCUGCAUCGGUAUUCAGCUACAAGAAUGCGAUAUUGAAUGCUCCGUUUUUUGCGUGGGGAAAGUAAAUAUAUACACAAACAAAAUCCAUAAACACUACAUUAGUACAAAGCAGCAUUAGGUUAAGGCGUUAGUGUUAUUUUAAAACGUUUUAGACUUAAAUGUACGCAAUCAUGUACCACGCGUCGUACGCCAUCGGAUGAUUGUUAAUAAUGUGCUUUUUUAGGGUACAUGUACACACACAACACUCUGUUCUUAAUUGUCUGUUUUAUAUACAUUAUAGUUUUUUUUACAAAAAAAAAGAAAGAAGAAAGGCAAGUACGUGUUCCAAGAACGUACAUACUUUUUUGUUAUGUUUUUAGCUAAGCUGUGCAGAAAGUUUGUAUUGUAAAUUAAUAAUUUGAUUUAAAUAUUAACAUAUUUUAAACUCAAAUCGGGAAAUGAAAUAAGGUUUGGCGCGGUUUUUACGCGGUGAUGAUGAUGAUACAGGGUUUUCCAGUAGUUAUCAUUGUUGUGGGACACUUCAUUGACUCUUUCUUAAGUGAAAUGAACUCAAUGUAAUGGGAAUUAGAAUCCCAUUGAACAAAUCCAAUAGGAAUUUCCAAGGAGCCUGUCUAACAAGGUUGCCAUCGAGUCCAAUUUCCACCGUAUGAAGUUCACUUCCAAUAAGAAAGAAUCAAGGAAGUGCCCCAUAACUAUGAGAACCCCUGAAAAACCCUUUAAUGGACGUGCGUGUGACUGUUUGCUUUUGCAAAGUCUUUGCGGUGGUACUAUGUGUCUUAAUAGAAUUGUGUUAGAAUGUGCCUUAAUGCUAUUACGAAUAGUUAAAUGAAAAAAAUUAAGGAAACAAAAUGUUUUUUUUUUGUAGUGAAAGAAAGGUUAAGGAAAGAUGUUUCGAUAGAUGUAUGUAAAUAAAUAAUAGCGUUGUUUAUCGUACAAAAAAA